AUGGAGCAACCUUCCGAUAUCAUCCCUCAUCUUUCGACGGAUCUCAGAGCUAUUCAUGAUGGCCUACAAACCCAACUACAAGGAUUGUCAGAGGUCCUUGCUCAUCGCAACCUUUUCAUUUACAACCAAACUACACAGCAUUACACCACGCUUGUCGACAAGUUCAUGCACGUUCUCCAACAGUACCUCGACAACACACUACUCGACCUCUUCCGAGUAAUCGAUAACAUUUCAAGCCUGAUGAGGAUUUACGACCGAGACCUCGACAUAUUUAUCCACCAUAAAGCAUCUACCAUUUCAGGCGUGGAAUCGUGCAUACAAAAAGUCGAGGCGCUGAUCGACCAACACUCCAACACUAUUAGCGAGUUAUCCAUCACUUCUUUCGAGAUCGCCGAACUCAUUAAGGAAUAUGAAGCCGAAGCCGACAACCAUUCAAAUGGCUCCGUGACGGCAAAGAUUGUUUCUGCCAGUCUGGCCGUAACAGGGGCCGUAGCGAGUGCUGGUCUUGCAGUCAUGGCCCCACCCUUUGCCAUUGGUACAUUCGUUUUGUUAGCAGGAGGUGGUGGAGGAAUUAGUGGUCUUAUCUCUCUCCACGACCAACACAAGUCCGAUAUCUAUACCACCGCAGCAGCCAAUCUCAACAUAGUCCAAAGAUGCUCCGAGGGACUCCAAGCACCUAUCUCCGCGAUUUACAAAAAACUUGGAAGCAGCAAACAGUCUCUGCUGUACAUCAAAGACGACACCUCGACUGCAACUUCUGACAACCAGCCAGACUUCAUUCGUCGGUUCGCCUCCAUCGGUGGAACUCGAGCCUUGCACAACGGUAGUCCUGCUCCCGAUCGCGACGAUAACCUCAAGUGGAACGUAUCGGAUCUCCUCCGCGGCAUCACUCCCAAGAGCAUGUUGGCUGAAUGGUCCACGGUCUUCCGGACCCCAAUGUCCAUCGCCAAGACGGUUCUGCACAAAUUUGUUAGCUACCUGGAGACGCAGGCCUUGGAGCUAAUCUGGAAAGCUCGGAGCUCCGAGACGAUCGCGUGGGAACAGACCCAGGGCAUCUCUGCCAAGGACAAGACAUCCAAGUACACAGGCCCCGAGGUGACUGGAGUUAGGGAUACGGUUACAUCACCCGUGAUGGUUUUUGCCCGUGUGGCGCUUCGUUAG